AUGGAAAUUAAGGCUAGUGGUUUGUUUGGAGUUUUUUUGGGUCUUGCUUUUGUGUUGAGUACAUCUUCGGUUGGUGGGAUCAAAGGUUCUGAUGGAGUGGAUGGUGGCAUUGCUGCGAUUAGUAAUGCUACUACUACCGUUGUUCACAAGCUGACUACUUCAUCUGGUGAUGAAGGUUUGGACAAAAGCAAGAACUAUCAAAAUGGAGGUGGAAGUGGAGGCGGUGGCGGAGGUGGAGGUGGAAAUGGUGGUCAAGGUGGGGGAAGUGGCGGAGGAGCAGGUGGUGGGAGUGGUGGGGCUAGUGGAGCUGGCAAAGGGAAAGGAAAAGGUAGAGGCCACAAGAGAAGGCAUGGAAAAGGAAAGGGUAAAGGAGGAGGUAGCAGCGGAGGAGGUGGCGGUGGAGGAGGCGGAGGUGGAGGUGGAGGGGGUGGAGGGAAUGGUAAAGGCCACGGAUGGGGUGGAGGAAGUGGAGGCGGCGGUGGAGGUGGCGGAGGUGGUAGUGGAGUCUAG